UUGUGUCUCACACACACCUUCAGGGAGGGGUUGAACAACUUAGGUGAAGUUUUGAAGCUAUUUUAUUUUUCUUUCAUUGAAACUGCAUCUUCUCCUCCUCUGCUGCACACACAUCUGCCAACAUGUGUGUCCUGACAGCAGCCUUGCUGUUCACUCUUCUGGGUUCCAUGUCCUGUGUUCAGUUUGAGGCCCCUCUGAACAUGGGAGGGGUGACUGGGAACGUGAUCCUAAACUCCACCUCACAGUCGGCCUCCGUCAAUGUGACAGGUGUUGGAUCCUGUAGUCCCCUUAACCUUUCCCUCAGCAUGUACCCGGUCAAGUUCGGCCAUUAUGCUCAGCCCUGCUCUGCAGAACACAUCGGCGACAGCGUAUUCACCUUCGAAGCAAAUCCGGGCUCCAGUGUCAACGUGUCGCAGCUCUUCCAAAAAUACUCAAACCUGGACGACUUCUCGCUGACUUUUAAGACAUGUGAUGGCAUGAAGGUUUGCACUGUCGUAAGUCAAAGCGGAAUGCACAUGACUCGUCAGGCUCGGUUCACCGGACCCAUCGCAGGCAACGUUUACAUCCGUCUUAACACAGGACAGACCAAUCCCAGAGUUCUCACAGACCUAGUUACAAUCGGUGAGGCCAAUCCCACACCGUCAAACGUCACUCUCUAUGGAUCCAUGAGCACAGAUGCAAACUGUGAUGCUGUUCUUGGAAGCUUAGAUGCCUCAGCUUUGACCAACCUGGGCAUGGUAAAAGUUGGUACCCCUUUGAUGCCUUUGAAAGACCGACUCAAUCCAUCUACCUUCGACUUCAGCUUUCUUCUCUACCGUAUGAAUUCAAGCUACAAGUGUGCUAAGAUUUAUAAUGUGGUCAGGAAGAAGGUGAGCGCUGUUAUGAACAUGAAAGGCAUCAAAGGCCACUUCAGCUUCAUUCAGCCUUCUCCCUUCGAUGUGACAGAGGUGAAGAUGAACCUGACUAACUUAGGAAACAAAGUGGGGCCUUAUCAUGUGCACCUGUUUCCUGUCCCCGCUGUCCUGAUGCCACAAUCAUCCCCGUGUUCAAAUGAUAAAGUAGGUGGCCACUGGAAUCCAUUUAGUGUAAACACAAGUGCCUCAACGUACCCGAAUGGGCCUGGUUCAACACAUGACAUGUAUGAGGUUGGCGACCUCAGCAACAAGCACAUGUCUCUUGCAGGUCUGACCCAAUUGGAAACGUCGUUCAAGGACUUCCACCUGCCUCUGUUUGGACGGAACAGCAUUGUUGGUCGCUCAGUUGUCAUUCACCGAAAUGACGGUGCCAGGUAUGUCUGUGCCAGUAUCGGCUACCCCGGUGAAGUGGUGGUAUCCCAAGCCAGAUUUCAUACCCCUGUGGUUGGGGAUAUCUGGUUCACCCAACUGAAAGACAACCCUCUGUCUGACGUCUCCAUCUUCAUGGAUUUAGCAUAUGGAAAUUCCCCAAUGACAACCAAAAACCACAACUGGCAUGUUCACACCUACCCCAUCAGCUCGGAGAAUGACAACGAUGCAAACCGCUGCAGCACAGCAGGAGGACACUGGAACCCUUUUGGAGUCAACACAACAGACAGCAGCUAUGCCCGCGACUGUGACCCCUCCAGACCUUUAUCCUGUGAGGUGGGAGAUCUCUCCAACAAACACAGCCCCAUUAACCUUUACACCAUGCCGAACACAGUGGAAGGAAAACGUUUCUUCACUGACACCACUUCCUGGCUGCCUGAUUCAGGCAUCACCGGUCGUUCUGUGGUUAUCCAUGAGGAAAACAGAGGUGGGCCAAGGAUUGCUUGUGCCAACGUGACAAUGAUGCGAAUCCCCAAGGCUCGCUUAGGUUCAUGGUUUGGCUCUGGGAUGACUAGCGGUCAGAUACGGUUCUCCAAGGCUCUCCCACAAGGUCCCACGACUAUAAAUGUAUCCCUGAUGAAUCUGAACGCCUUAGCUGGGGGUUACCAUGUUCACAUACUGCCCAUCAUACCUGGCAGCAGUAACCCAUGCUCCAACCCCAACAUCCUGGGUCACUUCAACCCGUUAGGAGUGAACAUAUCAAAUAGCCCGCAACCUGGAACUGGAACAGUGGACCAGUAUGAGAUUGGAGACAUCAGUGGGAAGUUUGGGAUGCUGACUGACCUCACCGAGCAUCAGGCUGUAUACAUGGACCAAAACAUGCCAAUGACUGGAUCGCAGAGCAUAGUGGGGAGAUCAAUGGUGGUUCACUAUGACAACGGAUCAAGAAUGCAGUGCGCUGACAUUGUAGCAGACAUGGAAACAGAUAGUCACAUGACUAUUGCUGAGGCUGUUUUCAACGGUACAAUCAAUGGGACAGUAACGAUGCGCCAGCAGAUGUUUCCUGCAAGUAGCAGUGACAACAAGAUGGAAGUGAACCUUCAGUUACUGGCGAGACAAAAUACAUCUGCAUUCAUGGUUAUCAUGAGCAACCGUGUGGGUGCCAACAACAACUGCAGCAGUGUGGGAGACGUGUUCAAUCCCUUCAGCGUGCCAUUAAAAAGCUCCAGCUGUUCUGAAAUGAACCCGCUGCACUGUGCAGUAGGCGAGGUGUCCAGACGACAAGGUGAAGUCAGUCUGACAAUGAGACAGAUCUUCACAGACAGCAACACCAUGAUGACCGGAGACAACUCAGUGGUGCACAGAUCUCUAGUGCUGAUGGAUGGAGACAAUAUAAUUGCAUGCGCUGACAUCCUCCCAAAGUCCCCUUCAGCAGCGCAGACCUUUCCCACUGUGACCAACUUUAGAAGACACGACUUCCGUCAUAGAGUAUCGAAGGUGCUGAAGGUGAGCAUGUCGAGAGUCACGAUCCUGCAUGGCUCCCCCCUCAAUGCAACAAUUCAAAGUUGCCAGACUGUCAACUACAUGGUGUCUGGCACUGUCAGCCCAGAUGUCCUGAGCUCUGUGAAAACCAGUGAGAUGAUGGGCAUAUACAGAGAGACUGACAUGUGCACACGGAAUGCAGGUCUGCUGCUGCUGCCAGGAACUUUCCUUCUUUACUUGAUGUUUGCUGCCGCCUGCCUGCUGCCAUCUUCACUGUAUCAAUAACUCAAACACUCAGACUCACCGUGCAUCAUCAGGGUUAGAGUAACACAGAUCCUCAAAGUGUAAAAUACUGAUAACAUCCAUGAAAUGUAGCCGAUCCACUGUGACGGGCAUGUUAAUGAUCAUCAAAUGAAUCCUGUCUUUGUUUGUUUUGUCAGCCAAUCAAGAUCCUGCAACUUUACAUUUAACUUAUUCAGAUAGUCAUUGCAGGCAACAAGCUAGCUCUCCAAUGAUAGAAGAUACAUCUUUGCACUAAAAUCUUACUUUUCAUUUACUAUUCAUUUGAUUGUUAUGUAGGUGGGUGAACCAAUUAUGUACAUUUUCCAUUGUCCAGACCUGUUCCUCUGUAUUUAUGCACUACAUCUGAAUCAAAUUUUGUAUGAAUAUUUGGGAUAUUGUGAAUAAAUUAAAAUAUUGUUUGUA